CCUAAAUUGAUUUUCCAAAACAGAUGAUAAGAAUAACAAAAGCCUCUUUUCUGCGUCGAGUUGGAGUCUCGAAGUUUUCUGACAUCAAUUAUACGCUCCGGGGGUUAAAAUUAAGGAAGAGGAUCAUGGAUGCUGCUGAAAAACCUAAGGAAGAUAAGGAAGAACCAGGGACCCCUGCAGUUGCCAGUAAAUUAGUUCCGGAAAAUGCUGACGCCGCUAAGACUGCUUCAAAAUCGGAGACCGCCUCGGAAGAUGAAACACCCGAAGAGACAAAGGAGGAAGGAACCGAAGGAACUGAGGCUGCUGGCUCUUCAAAAAAUUCUGAUAUUGUUGACUCAAUCAGCCACUAUUUGAAAGAAAAGCUGCACCUCUCUAGUGACAAACCAGAUAAAAAAAAAAUUUUGCAUGAGAAAUCUAUCGAUGGAAUUGUGAAAUACAUCGAAGAAAGGAAAGUGACAAAAAUAGUGACAAUGGCUGGUGCUGGAAUUUCGACUUCUGCUGGAAUUCCUGAUUUUCGAAGCCCGGUAACAGGCUUGUACAACAACCUAGCCAAGUACAAUUUGCCUCAUCCACAUGCUAUUUUCGAGCUGGACUUCUUUAUCGAAAAUCCUAAGCCGUUUUUUGUGCUGGCCAAAGAGCUGUACCCAGGAUCAUUCAAACCCACAAUAAGCCACUACUUUGUGAAAUUGCUCUGUGAUAAAGGCUUGCUCCAGCGGCACUACACGCAAAACAUUGAUACCCUGGAGAGGGUCUCUGGACUCCCAGGAGAGAAAAUCGUCGAGGCCCAUGGAACUUUUUACAUGUCUCAUUGCCUGCAAUGUGAGCUGGGGUACGAGCAGGACUGGAUGAAAGAACAAAUCUUUGCUGAUGAGAUUCCAAAAUGCAUCUCUUGUGGAGGGAUUGUGAAGCCAGACAUUGUAUUCUUUGGAGAGAACUUGCCGACGAGAUUUUUCCAGUGCUUGGAAAAGGAUUUUGAUGAGUGUGAGCUCCUAAUUAUUAUGGGCUCCUCUCUAGAAGUUCAACCUUUUGCUUCUCUUAUUGACAGAGUUGACAAAAAAGUUCCUCGGCUGCUGAUUAACAGAGAAAAGGCUGGCGCGGCCAAUCCUUUGAUGAGAGCUCUUGGGUUAGGCAGUGCAGGGUUGGACUUUUCGUCUGACAACCAUCGAGAUGUGGCUUGGCUCGGUGAUUGUGAUGCCGGCUGUGAGGCUCUUGCUAAAGCUUUAGGAUGGGAUCACGAGUUGAGGGAAUUGUUACAAAACGACCAUGAGCGAAUUGAUAAGGAAGAGGCAGAGAGCAAGCAGAACGCAUCCAAAAGAAAAUGAAAGUGAAUCAAUUAAGAAGCAAAAGUCUUAAUAUACCGCAACAUAAAUGCAAAAUUAUUUAAUUAACUUUUUCCAUUUAUUUAUGCUCAUUUAAAUUCUUAAUUUCCUAUUAGUGCUACUUAAAUAAAUUGAAAUAAAUUCUAAAAAUAUAAAAGUUUUUGUUAUAAAAAUAUUUUUAAUGUUGAAAUUUGAAAUUUAUGUAUAGAGAUCCAAUAAAAUAAACUUUUCAUUAUACAAAUUGUUAAAAUAAUUUAGCAUUCAAUUUAUAACUUUUGUUAUUACCUUCCUUUGGUGUCAACUUUUAUAAUAAAUAGCUCAUAAUUGCUCGAUACAUCUUGUUUUUGGCGCGCAAUGAUAAAAUCUGAGGUUCAAUUUUUAAUUUUUA